CCAUCCCAAAAAAAUAAGGGAAAAAGGGGGGGUCAUGUGAGAUAUUUUAGUAAAACUUUAAAAUGGCAUAAUGUUUGAAUAUCAAAGAAAUUGCUAUAGAAUAAACAUAGAAGGCAGGAUACAAAUUUAUUACAAACUUUCCUUCUGCUUUAAAAAAACGUUUGGCGACAAAAAGCAUUUGUAGCUACUGAAAAGAAGUAUUUAACACUGUUAUUUUCGAAUGCAACUUUCACCGGCACUCAUCUUCAUCUUCGCUGUCGUCGAGUUCUUUGUCGCUGCUUGUGCUGCUAUGGGAGUCUCUUUCACCAAUGCUGCAAGAAGCAGCAAUAGAGUUCUAAAGUGUGGCGUCACGUUGCCAUGGCGCUAAAAAAUUCAGUUCUAAACAACUCAGAUAAUCUCUUCCGCGUGAGUCACGUAGUGUUUGUGUCCGCUUUGUCUUCAGGUCAAAACGCUUAUUAACCUGUGUUAUAUUACAAAAGUGGCCACGAAGAAGAACAGAUGGUCAAAAGGUCAAGUACUAUUUGAAAAUUAUCGCUUUUUGUCCAAAGAAAUUUAUCGGAACGGACACAAUGGUGUACUGCUUUGCUCCGACGUGCAAUCAUUCAUCAGAAAGCCACAAUUGCAAGUUCUUUGCAUUUCCAAACGAUAAAAAGGAAAAAGACGAAUACAAAAGAUGGAUCCGUCUGAUAAGGAGGAAAGACAGAGAACCAAACAAGCAUUCCAGAGUGUGCGGUUGUCAUUUUAUGGAUGGAAAUAAAUUAAAUGGGCCCACAAUUUACGAAAGAAAUCGAGAUAAGAUAUUUCCUAGUGAAGGAGGACCACCAAAGAAAAAGAAAAAAGUAACAGCUAAAAAGAAGACUAUGCAAGAAAUGGUGGCUGAGGCAAUCAGAGGAUCUGAGCAGCAGUCCACUGAUGACGACACCAAACAAGAAAGUUGCAACAAGACAACAAAUGAGAUAAUACUGGAGGCAGAAUUAAAUCAAGCCAGGGAGGAACUUCAGGGCAUGCAAGAAAAAGAAAGCUACGCACAAAAACACUACACAGUUUCGGGAGUGAGUGUAGAGGUUCUCAGAAUGGAAACAGGGCUUCCGACAAAAGAAGUUUUUAACAUUGUAGUACUUCACGCUUUAAGAUUCAAAGAUUGUAUUGUUUAUUAUUCUGGUUGGAAAGUAGAGUCCAGUAAUUUUGAGGACCAGAUUUUCAUUACUUUAAUGAAACUAAGACAAAAUUAUACCAACCUGCACCUUGCGUAGCUUUUUAGUUGCAGUGUUG